CUCGGCUCUCUCCAUGGAUGUUAUCUCUGACUUGACAACAGGUACUUGUAAGGUCCCAGACACAGUAUUCUGUCCAGACCUCGGCGAGCAGUUGGCAGGAGAGUCAGAGCAGAGCUCCAACAGCGCAGAGUCUCAAGAAAUCCCUGUUGAAGCAACUGCAGACAUGGGUCGUCAAGAGGCCGACUAUGUGUGGAAGAAGAACACUGAAAACAUCCAGGAGGUUUUCGACAUCAUGGAGGAGCUGGGAUCGGGGGCGUUCUCAGAGGUGUACAUGGUGAAGGAGAAGAAGACGGGAAAGAUGUUUGCCAUGAAGUGUGUGAAGAAGAAACAGAAAAGAGACCUCAAUCUGGAGAAUGAGAUUGCAGUGUUGAGAAGAAUCAAACACGAGAACGUCGUAGGGUUGGAGGAUUUCUAUGAAAGUCGGACCCAUUACUAUCUUAUCAUGCAGCUUGUAUCAGGCGGUGAGCUCUUUGACCGUAUACUGGACCGGGGGGUGUACUCAGAGAAGGAUGCCAGCAGUGUGAUCCAGCAGGUGUUGCAGGCCGUUAGCUAUCUGCACCAAAAUGGCAUAGUGCAUCGUGACCUCAAGCCAGAGAACAUCCUGUACUACAGCCAGGAGGAACAGUCCAAGAUCAUGAUCAGUGAUUUCGGCCUCUCCAAGAUGGUAGAAGAUGACAUCAUGUCAACAGCUUGUGGCACCCCAGGAUAUGUAGCUCCUGAGGUUUUGGCACAGAAGCCGUACAGCAAGGCAGUGGACUGCUGGUCUAUUGGAGUCAUCACAUACAUCUUACUUUGUGGAUAUCCUCCUUUUUAUGAAGAAAGUGAGUCAAGACUGUUCUCCAAGAUCAUGAAGGCGCAGUAUGAGUUUGACUCCCCCUUCUGGGACGACAUUUCUGAAUCUGCUAAGGAUUUCAUCCGUAACAUGAUGCAGAAGAAUCCCAGCAUGCGCUACACCACCGACCUAGCGCUCAGACAUCCCUGGAUUAUUGGAAAGACGGCCCGGAGUCAGGACAUCUACUAUUCUGUCAGUGUUCAGAUCCAAAAGAACUUUGCCAAGACCAAAUGGAAGCAAGCCUUUAACGCUGCCGUAGCCAUCAACCACAUGAAGAAGCUGCAGCUGGCUCACUCAGAGCUGGUUCUGAGGCAGGCCAGCAUCCCAGACAUCAAAGUGGUCGACGUGUCCUCCCCAACGAAAAACCGCAAGUGUCUUGAUCCAGACAAACUGACCCCCAUGGUGGCGGAGACGAACGGGAAAUUAAACGGGACGAAUCACAUGUCCCUGCCCACGAGCCAGGCUGACCUGAAGAACCACUACCACUCACUGAAGGUCACUCAGAGCCAGUGCGGCACACACCACGCUCCCACUAUAGCUGAGCAGGGCAAGCAUGUCUACCACUCAGAGCCUGCCAACCUGAAUGGAUAUGGUAAAAACCACAAUAGCAAACCUGUGCAGACCGGAGUCUGCUCAGUCAUGUGA